AUGGCGCUUCUCUCAUCCGCUCUCUUGGCUCUUUCGCUGGUCACUGGGACAAAAGCAUGGCCUCAACUACCAACCGACGGUGUCAAUUUCAGCACCCUCAUGACACUCCCCGUCAUCCCAUAUACCGCCGCACAACACCACAAUGUCGAUGUUGUCCCGCGCGGGCUCUCCCUUCCUGUGGACGAGGGCGACGGAGUCAAUAUAAUGAUGACACUGCCAGUAACUUCAAAGUCGAGGAGGAAGCGAUGCACACAUGUGCCUCGCAAAGUCCUACUGGACAAUCUUCUCGGCGAUGACUUGGAGGCUCUCCCCGCAGCCCCGGUGGUCAAGCCUCCGGUGCUGGUGCGGGGCCUGCCCGUUGAUGAUACUGUCGACGCCAACAGUGCUUUUGUCACACUGCCCGUAAUUCACUCCACCAAGCGUGGUGUCUUCAGUCGACAGGUUGAGGCAAGCCUUGCUAACCGUUCCGAUGUAGCAUACUACGCCCAACUCAACAUCGGCACACCCCCUCAGCCAGUCUACGCCCAGGUAGACACCGGUUCGUUUGAGCUAUGGGUGAACCCAGACUGCGCGGCCCUCGCUGCCUCCGAUCAACGCUUCUGUGAAGCCGUCGGCUUCUACGACACGGCUCGAUCAUCAACUGCUGUCUCGCUUCAGACCACCAAAACCCUCCGAUACGGCAUCGGCGCCGCAAACAUCACCUACGUACGCGACAGUCUUGCCAUCGCCGGCUCCCGAACGACGAUGCAGCAGGUCCAGUUUGGCGUUGCUACCAGCUCCGAGGAUCAAUUUGCAGGGAUUUUGGGCAUCGGCUACGGCAAUGGCGUGAACACUCGAUACAAGAAUCUCGUCGACGAGCUCGCCACCCAGGGGGUCACUCGCACCAAGGCCUUCAGCCUCGGACUGGGCUCCAAAGACGAACAGGAAGGGGCCAUUGUCUUUGGAGGCAUCGACACAUCGAAAUUCUCCGGCCCGCUUGCGCGCCUCCCGAUCAUCCCCGCAGACCAGGCCCCCGACGGCGUUGCCCGGUACUGGGUAAACAUGAAAUCAAUUAGUCUCACUCCUCCGAGUCGCCGGGUUCGCAUGUACCAAAACAGCUCGAUGCCUGUCUUCUUAGAUAGCGGCGCUACACUCACAUUGCUACCCGAGGAGCUCGCCAUCCAAGUAGCUACCGACUUUGGCUCACCUGGGCUCGACGCCAACGGAUUUUACUCCAUCUCGUGUACCCUUGUCGGACUCAACGGCACCAUCGACUUCGACUUUGAUGGGAUAAAGAUCCAGGUCCCUUACAAGGAGAUGAUUCGAGAGCUGCGCACAACCCCGCCAACAUGCUAUCUAGGUAUCGUCCCCAAUACGGACUUCACGUUACUGGGGGAUACCUUCCUACGCUCAGCCUAUGCUGUCUUUGAUCUGGACACCAAAACCGCCUACUUGGCGCAGUACGUCAACUGCGGCACAAGGACAAUGCCCAUUAGCCGGCCGGAAGAUAUUGCGGCUAUCCGAGGAUUGUGUCCUCCUCCUGCCGGAUCUACUGCUGUUCUUACACCACCAGAGGCUAGCGACACCACCACUUCGCCAGGGACGGGGACGGGUUCCGGUUCAGCAUCUGGCUCGGGUGUGCAAUCGAACCUGCCUACGAGUCCUGCUCCCAAGAUGUCCGGGAUGCCGGCGUCUGGCACGAUUUCAUCGACUUCGACAUCAGCACCCAGCACUUUCGCUAUUGUCUUGGGUAUCGGCUUGGCAGUCAUUUUGAUGUGA